UCACAAAUCGUACUUUUACGUGCACGGAGAAACCGGACUGCAACCAUUUCCCCCAAUCCCAGUCACGAUCCGCCGAUCCUGCGGCAUUUCCACCCGCAGCCGCCGCCCAAAAACAUGCGAAUCCAACAAAGCUUCGAACCCUAUUCAUCAUUGCUCCAUGGCAGAAUCCGGUUUCGUGAUCCGGCAGAAAGCAGAGGGGAGCGGGACUGCACAUGCCGUUCCUUGUCUGCAUGCAAUGCAUGAACAUCGCCUAAACAUUCUCUUCCAUCGGCUGGGCUUCUGCAUAAUCUUCGAUUUCUUGCUUUGCUUGCUUGCUGGCUUGCUUGUUGCUUAUCGUUCAAUUAAUCUGGGAACGAAGGAAAUAUGCAGCCAAGGUUAAGGCCCCCAACUUGUUGUUUUUAUUUGCCUCGGAUCGCGGGUCCGCUGGGGUGCGAGAUCAUGAUGAGAGGCGGGAGUGAAUUGAUGGAAGUGGGGGAUGGAGGGGACCUCGGUGUCUCGAUAUACCGCUGGCUCCCUCUAAUCUCAUUCCCUCCCACUUCUACGAGUAUACAGUAUUUUGCUAGUUAGUUGCUCCUUUUCUUUUCUUCCUCUACAUCUCUUUCCCGGAUGAAUGUAUGCACGACAGUGGAUUUAUGCUAUAUAUCUGACUAACCUGACCUUGUCCUUGGAGCUAGCUGAUCACGCGUAGAAUUCCCCCAAUCAUCAGAACUUGGCAAGUACAAACCUGCGGGGUGAUUGACACCGGUGGAAUGGAAAUAUGUUCCGCAUCCCCAGAAGACUAACCCAAGUGACGACACAGUACACUGGACGAACCACGGGUAUCCGUUGGCCCGGCGUGUGCUUAUCAAGACUUGAAUUCAUGGCAAAGUACAUGUGUAGUUGGGUAUUACCCCACAUCCCGCGAACAAAGUCCCUCCGAUAUUUGCGUGUAUGGUUCUUGAUCACUUCCCGCUUCCAAUGGGUCUAGGUUGCACUUACGUCCUAUUAUAGCUGCUUAUAUCAUCUUCGCCCAUCAUAUUUCUCUUCGCGUAAACCACACGCAGAAAAAGCACAUCCGCGAACUCCAACAUUGAAAGAAGAACCAACACCUCGAAAACGCCAUUUUCGAGACGCACUUGCCGAAGGAAGACUGCAUCUUCAGGAGUAGUCAUCCAUACGAGCCUUUGACACGACACGUGAAUGUAACCAACAGCUCACUCCCACGCAAGUACCCAUGUACGCGUCCUGUGCAAAUGUAUCCAAGUCGCUCUCUUGAUAAUGAAUGAGAAAAACAAGGUGCAGAUUUCGUCCAAGCCUUUUUUUCUCCGACAUGAAAUCAAUGUUCCGCUUCAAAUCACCAGAGUGACGGGGUUUUGUCGAUGGAUUGAUACAGCGAUCGGCCAGUCAAACACCAACCCGUGCAAAAGGACGGAAGACGCUGAUGCCUUAUC